AUGCUAACAAACACAGCCACAAACACCCUUGUGAGCAGCCUCUGUACCAGCCCUUGGGGUUCUUCUCCUCUGCAUGCCGUGGGCACUGUGGUCAAUGUUCACCUGCCCUGUCUCUCCCUGCAGGUGAGUGUGGCAGGCUAUGGGAUGGAUGAAGCUGAGCAGGACCAGUAUGAAGCUCGCCUCAAGGAGCUCUUCGACAGCUUUGACAGCACAGGCACGGGGUCCCUGGGGCAGGAGGAGCUCACUGACCUCUGCCACAUGCUGCACCUGGAGGAGGUGGCCCCAGCACUGCAACAGACCCUCCUUCAAGGAAACCUCCUAGGCAGGGUCCACUUUGAUCAGUUCAAAGAAGCACUUAUCCUCAUCUUAUCCAGAACCCUGUCAAAUGAAGAGCACUUCCAAGAACCAGAUUCUUCUCCAGAAGCACAGCCCAAGUACAUCAAGGGUGGCAAACGCUAUGGCCGACGUUCCCUGCCGGAGUUCCAGGAGUCAGUGGAGGACUUUGCUGAGGUGACUGUCAUCGAGCCGCUGAGCGAGGAGCCUCACCCCACACACAUUGCCUCCAGCGAGGAGCACUGGAAGGCGCGAGACAGUGAGGAGUAUGAGGCUGAGGGACAGCUGCGUUUCUGGAACCCAGAUGACCUGAAUGCCUCUCCUGGCACUUCACUGCCCAGCCCAGAGUGGAUAGAGGAGAAACUGCAAGAGGUCUGUGAGCACCUUGGUAUCACCAGGGAUGGUCACCUGAACAGGAAGAAGCUGAUCUCCAUCUGUGAGCAGUAUGGGCUGCAAACAGCAGCUGGAGAGGUGCUUGAGGAGGUGCUCCAUAACCUGGAGCAAGAUGGGACCAUGAGUGUAGAGGACUUCUUCUAUGGCUUGUUGAAAAAUGGGAAGUCACUGACACCCUCAGCGUCGACUCCAUACAGACAGCUGAAGCGGCACCUUUCCAUGCAGUCCUUCGAUGAGAGCGGGAGGCGCACGACCACCCCCUCGGCCAUGACCAGCACCAUCGGCUUCUCCCUCUUCUCCAGCCUGGAUGACGGGAUGGGAUAUGGCUGUGUGGAGGGUGUCCUCGACUGCUGGCACCAGGAGGGCAUAGAGAACAGCCAGGAGAUCCUGAAGGCUCUGGACUUCAGCUUGGAUGGGAAGGUGAACUUGACAGAGCUGACACUGGCCCUGGAGAAUGAGCUUUUAAUAACCAAGAAUGGAGUGCACCAGGCAGCCCUGGCAAGCUUCAAAAUGGAGAUCAGACACUUGAUGGAGAGGUUUGACCAAGUGGCCCGAGAGAAGGAGAAGCUCAGGUCAGACUUGGAAAAGGCUGAGAAGCUGAAAUCCCUGAUGGCCUCUGAAGUGGAUGACCACCACGCCGCAAUCGAGCGCCGGAACGAGUACAACCUCAGGAAACUGGAUGAGGAGUACAAGGAACGAAUCGCUGCUCUGAAGAAUGAGCUGAGGAGAGAGAGGGAGCAAAUCCUGCAGCAGGCAAACAAACAGAGGCUGGAGCUGGAGCAGGAGAUUGAAAAGCUGAAAACAGAUGAGAACUACAUCCGGGACCGCCUGGCACUGUCCCUGAAGGAAAACAGCCGUCUGGAAAACGAGCUGCUGGAAACGGGAGAGAAACUGGCUGAGUAUGAAAGUUUGGCAAGUAAACUGCAGAGGAACUUGGAGAACGUCUUGGCUGAGAAGUUUGGUGACCUGGAUCCCACCAGUGCAGAGUUUUUCCUGCAGGAGGAGAGAGUGGCCCAGAUGAGAAGCGAGUACGAGCAGCAGUGCAGAGAGCUGCAGGACCAGAUUGAUGAGCUGCACUCGGAGCUGGAGGAGUAUCAUGCCCAAGGCAAAGUGCUCAGGCCUUCCCUGAAGAAUUCCUUGUCAGAAGAGUUUGAGAUUGAUAUGAAGAGUCAUGGCAACAGUGGGAUUGAGCCUGACCAAGGACUUGGCUCAGAAGACUGUAACCCAUUAAACAUGAGCAUAGAGGCAGAAAUGGCCAUUGAGCAAAUGAAGGAGCAACACCACAGGGAUCUACAUCACCUCAAACAAGAGCUUGAAGACACAGUGAGCCAUUAUGAAAAGCAAUUGGAUGAGACAAAAACCUGCUGGGAAAAGGAGCAAGAGGAUAUGAGACAGAAGUACACUGAAGAGAUGAAUGUCAUGGAAAAACAGAUAACUGGCCUUAAAAAUCAAAUAGUAGAGCUGCAGGGAGAGGCAGCAACGCUCAAAGAACAGCAGGAAAAGCUCAACUGUAAAUACAAUGAUGAGAGAAAUGAGUUAAAAAUGCAUUUUGAUGAGGAAAAAGCCAACCUGCAAGAACUGUUGAGGCAGGAGCACGAAAAAGAUGUUAGAGCCAGACUGGAGCAGGUAAAGGAGGAGUUCAGUCAGGAACGGGAAGAACUGAUCCAAAACAGUGUCUGGGUGGAAGAGAAGAUGAGAGUUUUGGUGCAGAGGCUGCAGGAGGAGAAGGGAGAGCUGGAACGUGGCUUCCGUGAGCAGCUGAAGAGGCUGGCAGAGGUGCAUGCCCUGGAGAAGGAAGAGCUCCAGCAAGAGCUGCUGAGGAAGCAUGAGCAGGAGCUGGAUGAGGAGAGGAAAAAAAUGGCAAGUGACUAUAACAGAAGAGCAUCUCAUGCCCAAACUCAGUUUUCUGUGGACACACAAACACUGGUGAAUAAAUAUGAAGAAACCCUCCAAAGCUUGGAAGGACGUUACCAGCGAGAGCUGCGUGAACUUACUGAGCAGCAAAGAGAGGAGAAAUCCCAGUGGGAGUUUGAAAAGGAUGAAAUUGCUCAGGAGGUUGCUGAGGCCCAUGAGAAGCUGAAGGAAAGUUUGGCAAAUGAAAAGGCUGUUUCUACUGCCCUGACCCAGGAGAAAGAUCUCCUGGAGAAGAACUUCAAGGAAGAAGUCAACAAGCUGGUGUGUGAGAGGGAGCAGCUUGAGAAGGAGCUGCAAGACCUGAGGAAUGCUGCUGAGGAGCAAGAGAAAAAGCUGAAUGAGAAAAUAGCCCAACUGCAAAGUAACCAUGAAAAAGAGCUAAAGGACAAGGAAGAACAUAUAUCCACAGUGGAAGAAAAUGGAAAGCUGGUUAGGCAAAAGCUGGAAAGACUUGACAGUGAGUACAAGCAAGAGAAAGAAGAGCUCAAUUCCAAACUUCUUGCUUUGGAGAGUUUAAACAAAGAUAUUUGUGUAAGAGCAGAGACAGAAAAGGCUGAAUUGAGUUUGGAAAUCUCAGACCUUCAGGGGAAAAUCCAGAAACUGCAGUGGGAGACACAUAGUUUUUCUGCCCUCCAAAGCCAUUAUAGGGCCCUGGAGAGUGAGUAUGCAAAAGCCAAGAGCAAAAUUGCUGCUUUCUCUGGAGCAGCACCUCUGGGAGAUGAUGCAGAUGUCCUCCAAGGCCUGCAGAAGGUGCACGAGCAAGCUGUGAAGGAGAAUGUCAGGAUGGCUGCCCAGAUUGUCAGGCUGCAGCACCGGCUGCGAGCUGUGGAGCAGGGGCACGUGCAGCCUCCCAGUCCUGACUGCUCUGACUCUGCCUCAGAGCCAGAGGAAAUGGAUCCCAGUUUUGAAGGGUUGCCCAGUGAUUGUGAAGAUGCAGAGAAGGGGAUGGAUUCACAUCUUCCACCUUUGGAGGGUGAUAGUACAGACCAGGAAGAUACAGAGAUGGAUUUGGCUUUGGAGAAAGGAUGUGUGAAAGCCAGAGCUGAUGGCCACACACUCAAGACGCAGAGGUGUUGGAUGCAAGGAAGUCAAGCAGCUCUGGAUGCUGAUAGGAAUCAGGAUUGUGGCAGGAACCAAGAGCUGCUUUCUUGGGUGCCUCUUCUGCCAAAAAACAGAGAACUUGAGAAAGUUCCCAGACCAAAACCACUCCACAAUGAUGUUCAACAGCAGAAGGCUCAUCAGCUAAAUCACAGAAGAGCUCCCAAAAAUAAAGGGUUUGUUUCUGAUGCUUUGAAGCUGCAGGUUGAGCUGGAGAAAGCUGAAGAACUGAGUGAAGCCUCUUUCCUGCUGGAUCACACUCCUGGGUCAACAAAUGACCUGAGGAGUGUAAUAGCUCAGCUUUGGAAAAGGGUGGAAGAGUUAGAAGACAGAGCAAUGGCACAGACUGAACUUUUGAUGCUGCAAGAAGAAAUUCAGGUAGAAAAUGAGGAUCUGAAAGCUGAAAUGAUACAGUUAAUUGAAAGAAAUAAAGUGCUAGAAGACAACCUGCAUAGGCUGAGAAGCCUGCAUUGCAAACAAGAAGGAAGUGAGCUGGAAAGUGCUGAGCUCAGAGAGGAAAACACACAGCUCCUACACAAAGUCCAAGAAUUGGAAGAUAUCCCAGAAGAAGAUGCUCAAGGAAACACAGAUGUGCACAGUGACACGUUAGGAUGUGGGAAGCUGGAGGAACAUCCUGCCACAUUUACAGCUCAGCAAGACAAGGAUGCCCAAAGUGAGGUGGAAAACACAGAGCUGGAAGGGCCCAACAGAAAGCUGCAGGAGAAACCCACUGCUCUGGCCAACCUCAACACAGUGCACUUCCAGCAGGAAAGAGAGGAGAGGAGCACAGUGACUCAUGGCUUGCAGAGCACGUGCACUGAGCUGCAGCAGAAGGUUGAUCUUCUGAGAUGUGAGGCUGAGAAGCUCCGAGAGGAAAAUGCUGUUCUGAAGACCGAAGUGACUCUAUUAAACGAGGAAGGGAGUGCUUCCAGCCUGAAACUGAGGGAGCUCAGUGGAUCCCGAGAAGAAAUGAGGCAAAAGAUAGAAGCUGUGAGAAAGGAGAAAGUGGCUGUACAAAAGAUGGUUGACAACCUGAAAAAGCAGGUAGCAGAUCUGAAGACCAGAAACCAACAGCUGGACUCUGAGAAUACAGAACUUAGCCAGAGGAACUCCAAGAAUCAAGCAGAUGUGCAGGAUCUCAAUCAACAGCUGGCAAGGGUGCUCAAGCAAAAGGAAAGGGAAGAGGGAAAGUGUACCCUGGAAGAAUGGGAAAAGGAGAGACUGGUACUGAAAGAGGAACUGGAAAACGCCAAAGUAAAGUCAUCAAGUAUGGUGUCUUCCUUGGAGAUGGAGGUGUCAAAAAUGAAGGUUCAAGCUCAUCUGUUGGAACAGGAGAACUACAUCCUAAAGCAGGAACUGGAGAAGACAAAAGAGCUGCCCAGAUGCCCUGAUCUCUCUGACCUUCAAAAUGAAGUUUCAAGCUUAAUUACUAAAAAUGAGAAGCUGCAGAAAGAGAAAGAAGCCCUGAGUGAGGAACUGAAUAAAUUCAUUGAUAAGGUAGCUCAAGUAAGCUGCUUGGAGAGUGCAAUCAGUAGCUUGAAGCAGGAACAAAAGUCCUGGGAGCAGCAGAGUCAGGCACUGAAAGCACAGCUCACAGUCUCACAAGAAAAGGUUCAGAGCCUUGAUGAAACCCUGCAAAGUACCAACCUCCAAGUGUCCAGGCUGAAAUCAGACCUAAGGGUGAUACAACAGGAGAAGGAAACUCUGCAACAAGAAGUGAUGUCAUUAAACAAACAAUUGCAGAAUGCCAGUGAAAAGAAUCGGGUUCUCGAAGUGGCUGUGCCUUCCUCAGGGCUGCAGGACCAGCAGGGGCCAAUGCACUGGGAUGAGCUGGAGCAGCUGACGGAACCGGAGCAGCAGCUGCUCAGGCAGGAGAAUGAGAGGCUGCAGGGAGAAGUGCAGAGCACUAAAACAGACCUGGCUCACUCCAGGGAGAAGAUCCGACAGUUGGAAUCUACAAUCCUUUCCCUAAAGCACCAGAAGCAUCAAAGCCAGUCAGGUAUUGUCAAAGCCAUAGAGCAAGAGAAACUGAGCUUGAAGAGAGAGUGUGAACAGCUGCAGAAGGAGUUGUCAUCUGCAAACAGGAAGAUCAGUCAGAUGAAUUCCCUGGAACGUGAACUGGAAACCAGCUCAGAAAAUGAAGGGCUAAGAAAAAAGCAAGUCAAGCUGGAUGAUCAGUUGAUGGAGAUGCUCCACUCCAGCGCCAGUGUGAUGCUUAGCCAGAGCCCACACUCCCGGGAGCUCCAGCAGCAAGGCUGUGCCAUGGUGCCCAAGGAACAGUUCCUGCAGCUCCAACACCAGCUACUCCAAGCAGAGAGGAGGAGUCAACGUCUUCAGGAAGAGCUUGAAAGUAGACCCUCUGAAACAAACAUGCAGCAGGCCUUGCUACCGGAGCAGCGAGCAGUGCAUGCAGAUUCCUACCGGAGGAUCGGGCACCUCUGA